AUGGAUCCAUCCUAUCUCUUCGGAACCGCACAGUUCUUCAUCGACAAACUCGCUUCUCUUGCCGCCGAAGAACUAUCUCUAGCUCUCGGAGUCAAACAAGAUCUGCAUGAGAUCGAAGCCAAACUUUCAUUCAUCAAAGCAGUGUUGCUGGAUGCUGAACAAAAGCAGAACCAAAACAACUCGCUUCGCGAAUGGUUGAAACAGAUUAAACACAUCUUAUCAACCGCGGAAGACGUUAUCGACGAUUUCCAAUGCGAGGCACUGCGGAAACAAGUCGUCAACACUUCCGGUAGCGCGAGAAGGAAGGAAUUGGAGGUUUGGGAAAGACUACACUUGCAAAAGCUGUGUUUAAUGAUAAGAGUGUAG